GGAAGCGCCGGGCCUGGGCGACGUGUGGGAGCCGCGCUGCUCCGCGGCUGCCAUGGAAGGGCUGUACCACCAGACCUACAAGCAAGUUCAUGAGGUCCAAUCAUACAUGGGCCGUCUAGAGACUUCAGAUAAGCAAUCAAUUCACUUGGUAGAAAACGAAAUUCAGGCACGAAUAGACAGAAUCUACAGCAACUUAGAACGGUUGGAAAUCUUUUGUAACAAGGAACCACCCAGCAAGCGACAAAAUGCCAAACUCCGAGUUGAUCAGUUGAAAUAUGAUAUCCAGCACCUGCAGACAGCACUGAGGAACUUUCAGCAUCGACGCUAUGCCCGGGAGCAGCAAGAGAGACAGCGUGAGGAGCUUCUGGCCCGGACGUUCACCACUAACGAUUCUGACACCACCAUUCCGAUUGACGAAACAUUGCAAUUUAAUGAAUCCCUUCAAAAUGCGCACCGUGGCAUGGAUGAUCUUCUUGGCAGCGGAACCAGCAUCCUACAGGGCCUGAGGGAUCAGAGAGUGACACUGAAGGGCACUCACAAGAAAAUCAUGGAUGUUGCCAACAUGUUGGGCUUAUCCAAUACAGUCAUGCGCCUCAUUGAGAAACGUGCCUUCCAGGAUAAGUACUUUAUGAUUGGAGGCAUGCUUGUGACAUGCGUGCUCAUGUUCCUCGUGGUGCAGUAUCUGACGUGAGUGGCCAGAGGACUUGAACUGUGUCGGACUGACUUUCUUCAUAGACUUCCAACUUAACUGUGAACCUCCUGCCUACUGGAUUGGCUAUGAUCGCUCUCUGGUUCAUGCGAUACUCAAUUUUGCUGACUUGGUACUAAGUAGUACAUAUGAAGCCACAUAGUCAGAUUUAACGUCAUUCUUCAGCCACGUUGCUCAUCUGAUGCUCAGCUUUAGAGGACAAUGUGGCGUGUACUGCUCACGUUUGUGGUGCCCAUUCAAUGUGGCCACAUAAUCCCAGUGUGAUCAUGAAGGAUCCCUGCAAGAAAAAUGCCCAAAUGUACUACAUCAUAACAUCAAAGGCCAUGGUUGUUUCAUAUGAGCCAGGUGAAUGCCUUGGUCACCUGAAAGAACAAAACAGCUGUACUUUACCAUAUUACAUGUUGGCUUUAUUGUAAUACAGUGCUAGGAGUAAGGGACAGUGUCUUGUUUUCCAUAAUGAUUGAAGUAAAUAGAUGCCCUCAUGGUCCAUGUGCCAAAAAUACCUUUUCUUUUCUUCUUCUUUUGGUAGCCAUGAAUUUUGUUUCUUGCCUUUUUUCUAGGAUAAGCAGAUCAUAAAUGUUGGUCUAAUUACAGUGAAGUAACUCACUUUCGAACAACCAAUAGUAAGGAACGCAUUCAAGGAUCUGGUUGUGAUGGAUCUAGGGACAAGAAAUGAAGGCAGGGGGUGUGUAUGUGAAGCUUUCAACCUGCUUUAUAAAAUGCAAAGUGCAUUUAUAAAACAGUUUCAUUGCAAUCGGGGCCACUAGUUAACAGCAUACCUGUAGUGUUUGUCACAAUCAAUAGACCAUUGGCAUCCAGCAAAGCAGUGAAGUACCUGAGAAUCCCAGCUUCUCUAUGUUAGUUUUUUCCCUAGUAUUCAUGGAUACAAAGGAAGGCAUAAACAAAGCAAUAUACUCUAUGGAAAUUGUUAUCUGCUGCAUGACUGUGGCUGCAAUCCUAUGCACUGUUUACAUGGGAGUAAAUCCCAUUGAACAUAGUGGACUGACUUCUUAGUUAACGCACAGAGCAUUGCCCUGUAACAUGCCACCACCACCUCCUAGUAUCCCAUGAAUCCUAUUGUCCUUCACAAUGCAUAUUCUGAUAACUGGACAAUAGGCACCCUGUUUGGUUGGGGUAGUUCUAGGUAAAUGUGCACAGACUUUACCCCUUGGUAUAGCAAGGAGCAUGGAAUCUGUCAGAUGUCCUCAGGUUUGACUAAAUCCCUAUAGUUGGCAUAUUCUGUUCUAGCUGCAAAUUUAGUUGCAAAUUUUCUGGUUGCAAACUACCUUAGAAUUCCACUUAAUUGCUAUGUUAUCAGGGCUGCAGUUUGAACCCUUUUCCACCACUCCCCAAAGCAUUAGCAAUAGUUUUCUGCACAUACAAGUUGCUAUCUGGGCCUGUUUUUUUUUUUUAUAAUCCCUUAUUUGAUUCUUGCUCCAUUCAUACUGAUAUGAAUAGAGUUUCAGUUGGUUUAGGCAGAUUAAAAAUACUUCCAAAAUAGGCAAGGUGAACAUUCAACUUAGCAAUGGUGAUUUCAUUCUGCUUCUUUUCCGUCUGGCAUUUUAAACAUAUGUUCUUGUCCUCCCCCCACCCCAACUCAAGUGCAUUUUCCAUGCUUUUUCUGGGGGUGGGAGGUGGGCAUUAAAUGUUCUAAAAGGAGAUCUGUAAUUGAGAGGCUUGCUAGACAUUCAUAGGACUGCUGUUCUGCUACAUAUUUUUGUUAAGAUAGAAUCUCAAGUAUAUGA